UCCUCUCCCUCUCUCUCUCUCCGGUGGCCAAUCCCAAUCCAACCUCCAUCCCCUCUCCUUCCCAGAACCUUCCGCCGCCCCCCCGCAACCUCUACAAAGCAGCUAAACCCCGCACCGCUCUCGCCCUGCCGCCGCCGCCUUCGCCAUGGGCUCCUCCCCCUACCUCCCCUCCGCCAUGGACUCCCCCGGCUCCGACGACCCCUCCCUCUACCUCUACCUCUCCGACCUCGUCCCCGGCUCGCCCCCCUCUUCGCUCUCCGCCUACCUCGAUCUCCCCCCAACCCCUCACCACGAGCAGCCGCAGCAGCAGCAGCAACGCUCCGACUACGACGACCUCGGCAGCGGCGGCGGCGGCGGCGGAGGCGGUGGCGGGGGUGAUGACAAGUCGUCUUCCACGCCAGAGGACCUCGUGCUGCCCUUCAUCUCCCGCAUGCUCAUGGAGGAGGACAUCGACGACAAGUUCUUCUACGACUUCCCGGACAACCCGGCGCUGCUCCAGGCGCAGCAGCCCUUCCUCGACAUCCUCUCCGAUCCGUCCUCCAACACCACCUCCUCGGACAGCAACAACAACAACAACCCGUGCUCCCCGUCCGACGCCUCCUUCUCCCCGGCCGGGCCCCUGCCGCCCACGCCCGCCGCCGUCGACUCCUACGACAGCCAGCCGUUCCAGUACGACAUCGACCCCGCUGCCUUCUUCAGCGCCGGGGCAAACUCCGAUCUCAUGAGCUCCGCCUUCCUCAAGGGCAUGGAGGAGGCCAACAAGUUCCUCCCCAGCCAGGGCAACCUCGUCAUCGACCUCGAGGCCUCCUCAGGCCAGUUCCUCAAGGGCGUCGAGGAGGGCAACAAGUUCCUGCCCAAGGAGGAUCAACUCGUUGUUGGGUUCAAUGGCCGCGCAGCCCCUGUGUCGGCGCCGACAGCAGUGGCGAGCGUGAAAAAGGAGGAGCCUGUGGAUGCGGUCUCGGCCAACUCCCACGGCGGCAGCAGGGGUCGGAAGAACCCCUACCGUGACGACGAGCUGGAGCGGGAGCUCGGCAGGAGCAACAAGCAGAGCGCACUGCAGGGCGAGGACAUCAGUGCACGGGAGUUGUUCGACAGGGUGCUGAUGCCCUCCCCUGAGAUGUGCGUUGAGCAGAUGCAGAGUCUGCGGAUCGCCAUGCAGGAGGCGGUGGCCAAGAACGAUACUGGCAGCGGGAAGGUGGGGAAUGGGAAGGGAAGGGGCCGGCGUGGUGGUUCGGAUGUGGUGGACCUGCGUACGCUGCUCAUCCAUUGCGCGCAGGCUGUGGCCACGGAUGACCGCAGGAGUGCUACAGAGCUCCUGAAGCAGAUCAAGCUGCACGCUCGCCAUGAUGGUGAUGGAACGCAGCGCCUCGCGCAUUGCUUUGCAGAAGGCCUUCAGGCACGUCUGGCAGGAACUGGAGGCUUGGUGCAUCAGUCGCUGAUGGCAACACGCAUCUCAGCCGUGGACAUGCUCAAAGCGUACCAGCUGUACAUGGCGGCCAUCUGUUUCAAGAAGGUGUGCUUCAUAUUCUCAAAUUUCACAAUCUACAAUGCCUCCUUGGGGAAGAAGAAGAUACAUAUCAUCGAUUAUGGCAUACAGUAUGGGUUCCAGUGGCCAUGUUUUCUCCGUAGGAUAUCAGAAAGGGAGGGAGGGCCGCCAGAGGUAAGGAUCACCGGAAUUGACCUCCCUCAGCCUGGGUUCCGGCCGGCAGGGCGCAUUGAAGAGACAGGCCGUAGGCUCAGUAAGUAUGCCAGUGAGUUCAAGGUGCCAUUCAAGUACAAUGCCAUUGCCGUGACAAAUAUGGAAUCGCUCCGUAAAGAGGAUCUGAACAUUGAUCCCGAAGAGGUACUCAUUGUGAACUGCUUGUUUCAAUUCAAGAACUUGAUGGAUGAGAGCGUUGUGAUUGAGAGCCCAAGGGACAUUGUGCUGAAUAACAUCCGGAAGAUGCAACCCCAUGCGUUCAUCCAUGCAAUCGUGAAUGGCUCUUUCAGUGCGCCAUUCUUCGUAACACGGUUUCGGGAGGUUCUAUUCUACUACUCAGCCUUGUUUGAUGUUCUGGACACAACCACCCCAAGGGACAACGAACAGAGGAUGCUGAUUGAGCAGAACAUCUUUGGGCGUGCUGCCCUGAAUGUCAUUGCCUGUGAGGGUGCAGAUAGGGUGGAGCGCCCUGAGACAUAUAAGCAAUGGCAGGUAAGGAAUCAACGAGCUGGUUUGAAGCAGCUGCCAUUGAAUCCAGAUAUCAUUGAGACUGUGAGAGACAAGGUCAAGGACUGCUACCACAAGGACUUUGUGAUUGAUGUAGAUCACAACUGGCUCUUGGAGGGAUGGAAGGGGCGCAUCCUCUACGCCAUUUCGUCAUGGGUGGCAAAUGAUGCUAGCUCUCACUUUUAGCUGUUCUUGUUUUCACUUGGCUACAAAAUAUAGAUCUAGUUAUGUCUAUAUAGUGGCUGUGUCUUGCGCAUGAGUACAUGCUCUAGUUAGUAGCCUUGGCUCAGUGGAUUCAGUGUCUUGAGAUAUGCCUAUCCAGAACUCGGUGCAUACUUUUCAUUCCAAAAUUCAGGUUAUUCUGCUCAUAGGAUCCAAUUGAUGCAAUGCAGGUUAUGAGGAAGAUGGGUAGCUCAAGAUGCGGUAAAUCAACAAGAUAGUAUGCAUGCUAUAUAUCCAUCGUUUUAUAUGGUGUGAACUAGAUGGUUAUGCAGUCUGUUGCUGCCUAAUGCUAGCUAUCUAGAGAUUAGAGUUGGCUCUCCUGAUCUGGAUGAUGUUCCCUGAAGCAAUCAUCUGUGCCUGUGAUCAAUCUAGUCAGUUGAUCAGGUUGUAAUUGACACUAGUCACUGUGUUCUAGGUGCUUACUGCACUGUGGCAGGCAUAAACUUUGUAUGAAUUUUAUUACCAACCCUGGUUUUGCCUAGUCUAUUAUUUUCUGUACCUGGAGAAUUAUCUUUUCAGAUGUCAAGUUCAAUUCAUUCA